CUUAGCACACAGAUACAGCAUAACGUCUAUUUCAGCCCCGCUGUAAGUGAUACCGCACUAAGGAACACUUUCAUCAAACUCCGUUGGGGGACAGAACACUACCCAGGCUACAGGCCAUUUAUGUGUAAUUUUUUUGUUGCUGAAUAAUAACCUUUAAAAAAAAACUGUGCCGAAAAAGCUGAAGUUUCCAGUAAUCGUACCAAACUGUUUAAUUUUUGUGCGCUCUUGGAUGGAAGUUUAUGCGCAUUGUUAAAACGCUGUUACACAUGAUCAAUGAAACGGUCUUCCAUACAAGCGAUUUGCACCAUUUGUUGCAAGAGAGAGCAUUUUAAAACACACGCAGGGCUAUUUCAUGUAAAUCAAGCGACAUGGACCAUCAGCAUCUCUCCUGCCGCCCGCGAUUGAACCACAGUUAACCCACGAUAUCUGAAGAGGAAUUACAUAGGCUCUUUGAGUUAUAAAAAAAUAUUCUGCAAUCAUUGCCUUUGCCUCUCGCAUGUGGACCAUAGACUUUUUUAGGACAUGGAUCAUUUGCUGUAGUGGAUAACCCUUCCCUGAUGUGUGUUUUUUGUUUGAUUCCCGCUACCAGAAGAGGAUCUUUUUUUCUCCACUUUUCCACUUCAGUGUAAUUCUAUGGCACUUCUUCUUCUAAAGCACUGAUGUCGCUACGUGACGGGAAUUGCGAUUGAUUUUCCAUAUUCUGUUUCAAGGGAUAGAAGGUCAACAUUACUAUCACUAGUGUCAAGUAAAGACAGUGACAGAGUUGCAGCCUUAAGAAAAAAAUACUCCCACCCUCUCUGAUUAUGGACUUAGCAGGUCAUGCUCAUGUGCUGGUGGUGUUACUCACCUGCCUGGUCUUGCUGUCCUGGGCCCAAGAGAAGGACUACACGGUGAGGGAGGAGCAGCCCGAGAAUGUCCGCAUCGGGAACCUACGGAAGGACUUGGACCUGAACCUUGACCCUGACUUCAAGCUGUCCUCGCCACUGCAGUUUAAGCCCGUCUACAAAACGGGCGAUGUGCCUUUGGUGAGGGUAGAGGCCAACACCGGGGAGAUCUUCACCACGGCUCACCGCAUCGACCGAGAGAAGCUCUGCUCAGGAGUAUUCAACGAGAAGCGCUGCUUCUACGAGAUCGAGGUCGCCGUUCUGCCUGACGAGAUCUUCCGUCUGGUUAAGAUCCGGUUCCUGAUUGAGGACAUCAAUGACAACGCUCCACUCUUCCAGUCCACCGUAAUAAACAUCUCCAUCCCAGAGAACACAGCCAUCAACACCCGGUACCCCGUGCCCUCUGCAUUUGACCCAGACGUGGGGAUCAAUGGGAUCCAACACUAUGAACUUGUCAAGAGUGUAAGUGAGUUUGGCCUAGACAUCAUCGAGACCCCAGAGGGAGACAGAUGGCCUCAGCUGAUCGUCCAGCAGAGCCUGGACCGCGAGCAGAAGGACACCUUCGUCAUGAAGAUCAAGGUGGAGGACGGAGGAACGCCACCCAAGUCCAGCACGGCCAUCCUCCAGGUCACCAUCUCCGACGUCAACGACAAUCGACCGGUCUUCAAGGACAGUGAGGUGGAGGUGAACAUCCCUGAGAACGCCCCCAUUGGAACCUCCGUCACCCAACUCCACGCCACAGACGCAGACCUCGGCUCCAACGCCCAGAUCCACUUCUCCUUCUCCAACCAGAUCUCCUCAUCCACCAAGAGGCAUUUUUCCAUAGACAGCACCACCGGGCUGAUCACUGUCAAGCAGCCCUUAGACAGAGAAGCCACUCCAGUCCACAAACUCAUCGUCCUGGCCAGCGACGGCAGCUCCACUCCCUCCAGAGCUACGGUUAUCGUCAACGUAACGGACAUUAAUGACAACGUUCCGUCCAUAGACACUCGGUAUAUAAUGAACCUUGUAAAUGGAACGGUUCUACUGUCAGAGAAUGCUCCUCUCAACACAAAAAUAGCCCUAAUUACAGUGACGGACAAGGACUCGGAUCUGAACGGCAAAGUGACUUGUUACACUGACCAUGACGUUCCUUUCAGGUUAAAGCCAGUCUUUAAUGACCAGUUCCUGCUGGAGACUGCGGCCCCCUUAGAUUACGAAACAACCAGGGAAUAUGCAAUUAAGAUAGUAGCGUCGGAUUCAGGGAAGCCUCCUUUGAACACGUCAGCGAUGGUUUUAAUAAAAAUUAAGGACGAGAAUGACAACGCUCCCAUCUUCCCUCAACCUGAGAUUCAGCUGUCCAUACCAGAGAACAAUGAUCCAUCCACGCAGCUCAUAAAGAUCAGUGCCACGGAUGCCGACAGCGGACAUAAUGCAGAGAUUAUUUAUUCUCUUGGCCCUGACGCUCCUGAUGGGUUUAACAUAGAUAGACGGUCAGGAAUCCUCUCCGUUGGCAAACGCCUGGACAGAGAGAAGCAGGAGAAGUAUUCGUUCACUGUCAUGGCAAGGGACAAUGGGUCUACUUCCCUGCAGAGCAAUGUCACAGUGAGGUUAAUAGUGCAGGACCUCAACGACAACAGCCCAGCUUUCACCCAUCCUGAGUAUAACUUCUAUGUGCCUGAGAACCUGCCUCUGUACGGGACCGUGGGCCUGAUCACCGUCACAGAUUCUGACGCAGGUGACAACUCCGUCAUAACACUGUCCAUCCUGAAUGGGAAAGACAAUUUCCUUAUUGAUCCCCAGACCGGUGUAAUCAAACCCAACCUCACGUUUGAUAGAGAGCAGCAGAGCUCAUACACUUUUAUGGUGAAGGCUAUAGACGGAGGGCAACCACCCAGCACUUCAUACGCCAAGGUCACCAUAAACGUUGUGGAUGUCAAUGACAAUCGACCCGUUUUUGUUAUCCCCUCGUCCAACUACUCUUACGAUCUGGUCCAGUCUACCACCAGCCCUGGGUCUGUGGUUACCAGGGUGUUCGCUAUAGACAAUGACACUGGCAUGAAUGCUGAGCUGCAGUACAGCAUCAUUGGGGGAUCACCAAGAGGGCUGUUUGCCAUAGACAAAACAACUGGUAAUAUAACUCUGCAGGAGAAGAUAGUCUCAGCCGAUCAGGGUUUACACAGGCUAGUGGUGAAAGUCAAAGACCUGGGCCAGCCAGAGUCCUUACACGCAAUCGCCCUCAUUCACCUGUUCAUUAACGAGACUGUAUCCAACGCUACGUUCAUUCAAGAGCAGCUACGUAAGAGCUUGGAGACUCCAUUGGACCGUAACGUGGGAGACAGUGAGGUCACACCCCAAGCCAACGGAUACGUGAUUGUUGUCAUCGCUAUUAUAGCUGGGACUAUGACAGUUAUCUUAGUCAUCUUUGUGACGGCCUUGGUGCGCUGCCGUCAGACGCCCAGGCACAAAGUGGUGCAGAAGGGCAAGCAGAGCGGCGAGUGGGUGUCGCCCAACCAGGAGAACCGUCAAAUCAAGAAGAAAAAGAAGAAAAAGAAGAGAUCCCCUAAGAGCCUCCUCUUGAACUUUGUCACCAUAGAAGAAUCCAAGCCUGAUGAUCCCAGCCAGGAGCACAUUAAUGGAACCCUGGACCUGCCUGUGGAGCUAGAUGAGCAGACCAUGGGGAAAUACAACUGGGCCACUACGCCGACCACCUUCAAACCUGACAGCCCAGAUUUAGCCAAGCAUUACAAGUCUGCCUCCCCCCAGCCAACCUUCCAAAUCAAACCAGAGACCCCGAUGGCGCCCAAUAAACACCACGUGAUUCAGGAGCUCCCGCUAGACAACACGUUUGUGGUGGGCUGUGACUCGCACUCCAAGUGCUCCUCCACCAGCUCAGACCCGUACUCGGUCUCAGAGUGCAGCUGUCAGGGGGGAUUCAAGACUUCUGGGCAAAUCCACACCAGACAGAAUCAGGGCCAGACACCAGAGAAGUCCUUCAGCUCAGUCGCAUCUACUUGUCCCCAUAAGGAGGGUUGUCUUCUCAGCAAGAUAACGUCUGCAAACACCCAGCGUCGUGUGACGUUCCACCUCCCGGAUGGUUCUCAGGAGAGCUGUAGCGACAGUGGUCUAGGGGACCACGAGCCCAGCAGCACUGCCAGCACCACUCAGCCUCUCCCCCUCGGCUUCCCCCAGGAAGAGUACUAUCAACAGACCUCGCCCAACAGCCGCACCGAGGGAGACGGAAACUCUGACCCUGAGUCCACCAUAGUUGAGGUGAACCUGGCCAAGGCGCUGGCGGAAGCCUCGGAGACGUGCACCCAGGAAUGUCUGAUCCUGGGCCACUCCGACAGCUGCUGGAUGCCCCCCUCCCUGGUGACCCAGUUCCAGUCUCCGUCCAACACGGGUACCCUGCCUACCCUGCCCUCCUUUGGCUUCCAGCACCAGCAGAGCUCCCCAUGGGCCAGAGGAGCCAAGGCGGAUGGGCGUCAGUGCCAUACCCUGGGCAGGUCUGUGCCCAAAGACGAUCUGGCUAAAGGGAUGAACCGGCCGCAGUUCUACAACACUCUGGAAAGACACUGCAGCAGCAAGAGUAAGGAGUCUGACCCCAUCAAGGUCAUCCCUCUGGCAAGCUUUUCCUCAUCUUCGUCAGGCCAGCAGACCCCAGCCAACGGAGGAUCCUCUGCCUUCUUACAUGAGCAUCAGCUGUAAGGGACCAGAGUAACACCAACCAGUUUGUCUAAAAUAUCUUGGUGUAUAUUUAACAUCUGUAGUAAGGGGCUGUAAGGGGGCAGAGUAACACCAACCAGUUUGUCUAAAGUAUCUUGGUGUAUAUUUAACAUCUGUAGUAAGGGGCUGUAAGGGGACAGAGUUUGUCUAAUGUAUCUUGAUGGUUUCUGAUUAUUGUGUGAACAUGGAAUGUGGAGGAAGGGACAAAACUGUUCCUCUGUCUCCACAAUGUUGUUCCUCACUCUCCACACUGUUGUUCCUCACUCUCCACAAUGUUGUUCCUCAGUCUCCACAAUGUUGUUCCUCACUCUCCACAAUGUUGUUCCUCAGUCUCCACAAUGUUGUUCCUCACUCUCCACAAUGUUGUUCCUCAGUCUCCACAAUGUUGUUCCUCACUCUCCACAAUGUUGUUCCUCACUCUCCACAAUGUUGUUCCUCAGUCUCCACAAUGUUGUUCCUCAGUCUCCACACUGUUGUUCCUCUGUCUCCACAAUGUUGUUCCUCAGUCUCCACAAUGUUGUUCCUCAGUCUCCACAAUGUUGUUCCUCUGUCUCCACAAUGUUGUUCCUCUGUCUCCACAAUGUUGUUCCUCAGUCUCCACAAUGUUGUUCCUCAGUCUCCACAAUGUUGUUCCUCAGUCUCCACACUGUUGUUCCUCAGUCUCCACAAUGUUGUUCCUCAGUCUCCACACUGUUGUUCCUCAGUCUCCACAAUGUUGUUCCUCAGUCUCCACAAUGUUGUUCCUCAGUCUCCACAAUGUUGUUCCUCAGUCUCCACAAUGUUGUUCCUCUGUCUCCACAAUGUUGUUCCUCAGUCUCCACAAUGUUGUUCCUCACUCUCCACAAUGUUGUUCCUCAGUCUCCACAAUGUUGUUCCUCAGUCUCCACAAUGUUGUUCCUCACUCUCCACAAUGUUGUUCCUCAGUCUCCACAAUGUUGUUCCUCAGUCUCCACAAUGUUGUUCCUCACUCUCCACAAUGUUGCACAGAAGUGGAUCUGACAAUGGCUGUAAUCAUAUAAAUGGUAGUCCUAUACCAAAGUAGAUCCGCAACAGAAACAAAAUAUAUAAAACAUCAUAAUGUAUGUUUGGUAGAGAUUUUUUGCUGAUCAGUAAUCAAAAAUAAUUUUGAUCACCUAUGCGUAUUGGAACCAGCUCAGCGGCACCUUCCUCCACACAAUUUACUUAACGAUAAACGAAACGCAAACACACAGUAUAGCUUUGUGAACCCAAGGUGAAUGUUGUAUAUGUCCAAUCUCUGGUGAAAUAUUGCUUAGUGUAUCCAGCAAGACAUUCAGCUCCAGCUCCAACUGAUUAUCCAAGUUACUUUUUGCUCUCGUCUGAAUAUGUUUAUUGAAUCCUGUACAUACCUAAGACUCAAUGGACCAAAAAUGUUUCACUCUGUGUCGUGCUAACACUUUAUAUAAACAUACAGUACAUGGGCCACCCCCCAUGAUAUGCCCAACACUGUUUCUCUUCAGAUGUUUCUUGUAUGGCGAGUUAUGAUGCCUUUGACACCCCUUUCCCUGCCCUCUAUUGCAAACCUACUCAUUUUCUACAUUAUCUUCCCCACCUGAUAGGAACCUACUCAUUUGCUACAUUAUCUCCCACACAUAAUAACGACCUAUUCAUUUUCAAAUGUAUCUUCCCUGCCUAAUAGGAACCUAUUCAUUUUCUACAUUAUCUUCCCCACCUAAUAGGAACCCUACUGAUUUUCUACAUGAUCUUUCCCCUGUAAUAACAAACUACUAAUUUCAACAUUAUCUUAUCCUCCUAAUAACAACAUACUUAUUUUCUACAUUAUCUUUCCCCUGUAAAACAAACUACUAAUUUUCAACAUUAUCUUACCCUCCCAGUAAGAACCUACUCAUUUUCUACAUGAUCUUUCCCAUUGUAAUAAGAACCUACUCAUUUUCUACACAAUCUUUCCCAUUGUAAUAAGAACCCACACAUGUUCUACAUUAUCUCCUGAGAAGAAGCCUUGAACAGCACAGACAGAGGUUCCAUGCAAGGAGCUAUAACUUUUUUUUUUUUUUUUUACUUUCCCACCAUUAUUUCACUUCAUUUAUCUUCCUUUCAUAUAAUAUAACGUGUAUUGUACGCACCGUAAAUGAGUGCUAUGGAGACAAUUAAGAACAUCUCCCAGUUGUCUAGUUACUUUGAGCUGUGAUCUCCACAGUAAGUAUUAGCCGUGGUUGACAGGCUCUGCAGUAGUUGUCUACUCUCACUAAAACAUAAUGUAUUUCUAGUAGUCAGGUAAUGAAAAAGUGGAGACAUAUACAGAGUCUGGAUGCAAAUAGCUUUUUGUCUGCUUCAAUUCGAGCCCUUAUAUCGUCAGGAUAGUAACCACUAUAAUGAGAGUUUCUGUAUCCAUAUGCAAAAGCACCUUAAACUCGAAGGAUGAAUUUACCAUAUUCACAUAUUGACAUACACCCUUUUGUAAAAAUGAUUUAUCAUACGUUUUAUCCACUGUAUCUUUGAUUCAACCAUAUUUCCAUAGUUUCAAGGGAGUUCAUUCUGGAUGACCACUGACUGUCAUGGAUUCGGGAAACAUUGCAUGACCAUCACCAGUUAACAUAUUUAAAUUAAAUGUGUCCUCUAGCGGCUUGUGAAAGAAACAGGACAUGUUUAGGGUACCAUUUUCCCUGCAGGGUUAGACAGUAACAGGACAUGUUUAGGGUACCAUUCUCCCUCCUCUGUUAGACAGUAACAGGACAUGUUUAGGGUACCAUUCUCCCUGCAGUGUUAGACAGUAACAUGACAUGUUUAGGGUACAAUUCUCCCUGCAGAGUUAGACAGUAACAGGACAUGUUUAGGGUACCAUUCUCCCUGCAGAGUUAGACAGUAACAGGACAUGUUUAGGGUACAAUUCUCCCUGCAGAGUUAGACAGUAACAGGACAUGUUUAGGGUACAAUUCUCCCUGCAGAGUUAGACAGUAACAGGACAUGUUUAGGGUACAAUUCUCCCUGCAGAGUUAGACAGUAACAGGACAUGUUUAGGGUACAAUUCUCCCUGCAGAGUUAGACAGUAACAGGAUAUGUUUAGGGUACCAUUUUCCCUGCAGAGUUAGACAGUAACAGGACAUGUUUAGGGUACCAUUCUCCCUCCUCUGUUAGACAGUAACAGGACAUGUUUAGGGUCCCAUUCUCCCUGUAGGGUUAGACAGUAACAGGACAUGUUUAGGGUACCAUUCUCCCUGCAGAGUUAGACAGUAACAGGACAUGUUUAGGGUACAAUUCUCCCUGCAGAGUUAGACAGUAACAGGACAUGUUUAGGGUACCAUUCUCCCUCCUCUGUUAGUCAGUAACAGGACAUGUUUAGGGUACCAUUUUCCCUGCAGAGUUAGACAGUAACUGGACAUGUUUAGUGUACAAUUCUCCCUGCAGAGUUAGACAGUAACUGGACAUAUUUAGGGUACCAUUCUCCCUGCAGAGUUAGACAGUAACAGGACAUAUUUAGGGUACCAUUCUCCCUGUAGGGUUAGACAGUAACAGGACAUGUUUAGGGUACCAUUCUCCCUGCAGGGUUAGACAGUAAAAUGUGUCUGCGCUGGGUUGAGACUCUGCUUGCAUUCAGAUUACACUUCGGGGCAGGUAUCCAUCAGUGUAGAAAUGCAUUAGCGAAGCCGGGGUUUGUGAAAUGACAUGUGUCAUAAGAGUAUUAUAUGGAAGGGUCAAGGUCAGGGUCAAUUUCAUCUCACUUCUGGUCAAUUAAGGAAAUGUAUUGAAUUUGUAUUAAAUGAAUUGAAUAAAUCCUACUCUCUGAACACGGAUAACCUACUGCGCAACCAAGUCCCAAUCAUGAAUUGGAUUUCAAUUCCUUUUUUGCGGAGUAACGUUUCCUUUCUGUGUCAUCCUGAAACAGCUCCUCGCUGCAGUUAAAUGUUAAACACAUUUGUCUUUCAUCAAAGACAACAACUACAGACAGGACAGAGUACGUUGACAUAUGCAAACAAAUCACAAAGCACUUGCUUCCUUCAGACAGUGACAGUGAACACAGGCCUGCCAAUGUGUGCCGUGUGAUUCAGUAACAUUCCAACUGCAUUGUGCUGUAGAACGAUGAUAUUGACACUUAACAACGACUGAAACACACAAAAUCACACAAUAUACUUACAGUAUAUAUACUGAACAAAAAUAUAAACGCAACAUGUACAAUGUUGGUCCCAUAUUUCCUGAGCUGAAAUAAAAGAUCCCUGAAAUGUUUCAUACGCACAAAAAACGAAUUUCUCCCAAAUUUAUGGCACAAAUUUGUUUACGUCCCUGUUAGUGAGCACUUCUCCUUCGCCAAGAUAAUCCAUCCACCUGACAGUGUGGCAUAUCAAGAAGCUGAUUAAACGGCAUGAUCAUUACACAGGUGCACCUUGUGCUGGGGAGGCCACUCUAAAAGGCCACUCUAAAAUGUACAGUUUUGUCACACAACACAAUGCCUCAGAUGUCUGAAGUUUUGAGGGGCCGUGCAAUUGUUAUGCUGACUGCAGGAAUGUCUACCAGAGUUGAUGCCAGAAAAUGUAAUGUCAAUUUCUCUACCAUAAGCCGAGUCCAACGUCACUUUAGAGAAUUUGGCAUUAUGUCCAACCGCAGACCACAUGUAACCAUGCCAGCCCAGGACCUCCACAUCCAGCUUCUUCACCAACAGGAUCAUCUGAGACCCACCACCCAGACAGCUGAUGAAACUGUCGGUUUGCACAACCAAAGAAUUUGUGCACAAACUGUCAGAAACCAUCUCAGGGAAGCUCAUCUGUGUGCUCAUCGUCCUCACCAGGGUCUUGACCUGACAGCAGUUUGGCUUCGUAACCAACUUCAGUGGGCAAAUGAUCACCUUCGAUGGUUACUGGCACACUAGAGAUGUGUGCUCUUCAUGGAUGAAUCCCUCUUUAAACCAUACUGGGCAGAUGGCAGACAGCGUGUAUGGCGUCAUGUGAUCGAGAGGUUUGCUGAUGUCAACAUUGUGAUCAGAGUGCCCUAUGGUUGUGGUGGGGUUAUGGUAUGGGCAUGAAUAAGCUAUGGACAACGAACACAAUUGCAUUUUAUCAAUGGCAAUUUGGAUAAACAGAGAUAACGUGACGAGAUAUCCUGUGGCCCGUUCAUCAACUCAUGUUUUAGCAUGAUGAGGCACAGCCACAUGUCGCAAGGAUUUCUACACAAUUCCUGGAAGCUGAAAAUGUCCCAGUUCUUCCAUGACCUGCGUACUCACCAGACAUGUUAUCCAUUGAGCAUGUUUGGGAUGCUCUGGAUUGACGUGUACGACAGCAUGUUCCAAAUUCCCAUCAAUAUCCAGCAACUUCGCACAGCCAUUCCACAGGCCCCAAUCAACAGCCUGAUCAACUCUAUGCAAAGGAGAUGUGUCACGCAGCAUGAGGAAAAUGGUCACACCAGAUACUGACUGGUUUUCUGAUCCACGCCCCUACUUUUUUUUUAAAGGUAUCUGUGACCAACAGAUCUGUAUUCUCAGUCAUGUGGAAUCCAUAGAUUAGGAUGUAAUGAAUUCAUUUAAAUUGACUGAUUUCCAUGUAUGAACUGUAAGUCAGUAAAAUCGUUGAAAUUGUUGCAUGAUGCGUUGAUAUUUUUGUUCAGUGUACAUGUUAUAUACAUAGAUGACUCUGUUUCACACUCAUACAGAGCAACACAGAUGGACAGAAUGUUCCUAUGUCAAUAUUGAUCACACAAAACAGAUGGGGAUAGGUAAAUGCUUGAGACUUAACAUGUUUCAUGAUAUCAUUGUCAUCGAGAGUCAAAAUAAUCAACACUUCUUUCAGAAGAAAACCUGAAAGUUUAAUGAAUUUCCAUCAACAACACCUAAGGCUCCAUAUAGCCCUACAUUGGGAACGACAAACAGAUAACACAGGGUCGAUUCCCAAAUGGCACCCUAUUCCCUAUUUAGUGCACUACAUUUAACCAGGGCCCAUAGGGCUCUCGUCAAAAGUAGUGCACUAUGUAGGAAAUAGGGUGCCAUUUGUCAUGCACAUAAAUUAUUUGACAUUUAAAAAAAUAUAUGUUUAGGCAAUGUAGAACAAUAAAUAGGAUAUAAUUUUCAAAUAUUCAAAAAACAGGUGGCAUUUUUGUUAUUUUGUUAUUUGCAAUUCCCCAUGUGUUUGCUCAUCCAAGACUUAGAGUUACAGAUGUCUGCAUUUGUUAAAGAAAUUGAAUGCAGUUUAAAGGUAAAUGUGUCUUUCAGGAGGGGGUGAUCACUUUAUGUCAGUUUCCCUUUGUGCCAAAGGUUUCACAUAUGAACCAAAAAAAAGGAAGAUAGUUGAGAUAAACUUCCACAGAACUUAAAUGAUUAGUAGAGAGUCAUGUGCGUUGUUUUCCUCCUCUAGUAUUUUUUUUCUACUUUUCUAAAAAUCCAACUCCCAGUUCGCCGUAACCAUAGUGAUAGAAACAACGUCACCCGUCGGUUUUCCAAAAUAAUUUAUUUCUCUACGAAUGUUUUUUUUUUUUUUUACAAAAAAAAUAAACGUUUUUUUUUUAUUAUAAAAUAAUUUCAUUGGGAUGUUAUUUUGCAUCAUCAUCUGCAUGUGGGCCAUUUUUACCAUUUUUUUUAUCACUAGCUUGCUAUGCUCCUAAGUUGUUUUAACGUGUAACAGAUGGAUUUGUGUUGUCAUGUGGCCAUCAUCGACCAAUUGUGUUGUUAUAACCAUAUAUCCGUUUUGAGGCAAUUAACAAUACGUGGCUAACAAACGCACAAUUUUUUUUUUUUUAAACGUGUAAUGAAUAUGAGGCAUGUACACACAAGAUGAAUAUCACAUCACCUUCUGUGAUUUGUUUUGUUUUAAUAUUGUACAGAACAGUACCUUUGAGAAGAAUUGACAAGGUGGCAUCCAACAAGAUUGGUUUAUAUAUUGUUGAGUAAAGGUUUAGUCACCUGAAUUCAGUCAUGAAAAAAGAGAAUCAAAAGCAAAUUAAUAAAUGUAAAACAAUGAGAUGACAAUCUCUGCUGUAAUGUAAAUGGCUACAUAUGCAUAUAUUGGUGAGUGUGUGUGUGUGUGUGCAGCGAGUGUGUGUGUGUGUGCAGCGAGUGUGUGUGUGUGUGCAGCGAGUGUGUGUGUGUGCAUUUUUGUGUGUAUGUAUACUGGCAUGAACCUUGCCAGAAUAUUUUAUGUACACACACGUAUCUUGUAUAAAAUCUAUAUAUGAUAUACCUGCUAUAUAAUAUAUAUGCUUGUAAAUUAGUCAUUGGUGGGUACAGGUUCAAGGUUGCUUGGAGAGAAAGCUUAAAUGUUUGCCAGCAGUAUAGUAUUGAUCAACUCUGUGUUGUCAUGCCUUUGUAAAAUAUCCCAUCAAAAUCUAAGAAAAAAUGACCUUCCAUACAUGUAAUUUUACUUGAACCAUUAAAUAUUGAAAUGUCAAA